AUGGUGGCGACGACAGAAUGCGUGGAAAAAGCCAAACCCACUGCUGGGAACAAGGUAUCCAAACCACUUAUGGAAAAGAAGAGAAGAGCUCGCAUCAACCAGUGUUUGGACGAGUUGAAAACACUUCUGGAGAGUUUCUACAGCACCAAUAUACGAAAGCGCAAACUGGAAAAGGCCGACAUCUUGGAACUCACUGUGAAACACCUGAGAAACCUCCAAAAGAUCCAAGGCUGCUCUGCAGCAUCUUCUGAGUGUCCUAAUUACCACGUUGGCUUCCGCAGCUGUCUGGCAAACUUUAACCAGUAUUUGCUGAUGUCAGAUCACUUGAACGGGAGUGAUCGCUGGAUGUUAAUGCAGCUUUCCAACAAACUGUGCCGCUCUCGUCGGAGAGGGGAAGUCUCCAGCACCAUGGACAGCGGUCUGGACCAAACCGAGACACAGAAUGGGGCGCAGGAACCUCUGCUGACCACGACUGGACCUGGGGAAGGAAAAACGAUCAAAUCUAAAGCAUUGAAACUCCACAGUGCACGCACUGCUACUUGUUUACCGAGGGAAGACGCACAUCAGUCAUCUGACGCUAAUCAUACGUCACAGAUUGCGGUGCCCGCACAAAAUACAAACGAAGAAAACUCCAGUCCCAAAAACUUUGACUGCGUCAGUCACGAAGUUGCAAACACACAGCACAGUAUGUGGCGGCCUUGGUAG